AUAAGGAGUAAUCCCAAAAGCCCUGAAAUUGACGAACGAGAAAAAAUGGCGCUCUACAGGGCUCGCAUAUGUUCCUCUGCUCUGUUCCGCUCAAUUCUCCACGCCCCUACUCGCUCUCUCUCAUCCGGUGUCGGUAUUCAGGCCGUGGAUUCCAAUCAAGGGUCCUCAUGGAGAUCGUCCAUGAUGAAUCAGAUGUUCACACUCGACAUAAGCUCCCAAAUAGGGAGCUGUAUGCCUCUGGCGAAUAUGAGGAUCGGAACUCAGAUCCACAACAUUGAGCUUCGACCGGGACAAGGUGGGAAGCUCGUGCGUGCUGCAGGCACGUCUGCCAAGAUUCUUACCGAGCCUAAUAGGUCUACGAGGUACUGUGAGAUAAAGCUGCCAUCUGGGGUGAAGAAACUGAUAGACGUGAGAUGUCGAGCGACUAUUGGAAUGGUAUCUAACCCGGAACACGGAACAAAGAAGCUAAGAAAGGCUGGGCAAAGCCGAUGGUUGGGAAGAAGGCCGGUUGUGAGAGGUGUGGCUAUGAACCCAGUUGAUCAUCCGCAUGGUGGUGGUGAAGGAAGGAGUAAGAGUAGUGGUAGUCAUGGCCGAGUCUCACUUACGCCGUGGGGAAAACCAACCAAGUGUGGCUACAAAACUGCUCGUCCUAAGAGAAAGAUUUAAGGGUACGAUUGAGGGAUUUGAAAUCUAUAGAUUUCAAAUUUUACAAGUUCAAAUCUCCAUACAUGUUCGGAUGAUAAUAGAUGUUGGAGGAUUUCAAAUUCACGACAGAUAAAAUAAACUAGUAUUCCCAUGUAGAAAGAAAAGGGUUGUUCGUUCUUGUUUUAGUGAACUCUGAUGAUGUGUUCUCUUUAUUUCGGUUACGCCCAUGGUCGAGUGAUCCAAUUUUUUUUUUUUUAGUGUUAACUACUUUGGAAGAAAAACGGUUUUGUGAAUAUCUCAGUUCAGAUUUCUUCUCAUUUACUAAACUUUGAAUUUUUUGGCAUUGUGGGGAACAAUUAUGCUAGUAUGCAUAUGAAUUGUUUGUUUA